UUUCACGGGCCCCUUGGCCAGGGCUCCCUGGCGGCGUCAGCCAGUGUGGCACCUUCUGCCCCCACCGCCCUCAGGUUUCAUCAGGGUGAUGCUGGCCGGGCCGCCCGGCGACCGCGCUCAAGGGCAGGCAACAAUGCGCCUCUGGCAGAGUUUUGCAGGGCCCAGGAGGGCCUGGGCCCGGCUGCAAACAGACCCCCGCGGGCUCUGAGCUGUGCGUGGAGAAGACCCGCACCCGCUACCUCUGCCGGGCGCCGCAGGAACAGCCAGCCCAUGCCUCACGCCAAGCCCCGGCGCCCGGUCCAGCCAGCCCGCCUAUGUAGGACAGACCGCUCCCGGAGAUCCACGGGGCCUGAAAGAUGAUGGACUCCGGGGGGCCGCCACAGCGGGGGCUGUGCUUUCUCUCCACGCUGCUUUCACAGAAGGUCCCCGAGAAGUCGGACACGGUGCUUCGCUGCAUGAUCUCCGGUCAGCCCAAACCAGAGGUAACCUGGUAUAAGAAUGGCCAAACCAUAGAAGAGUGCGGCAUUAUUUCCAGUUAUGAAUUCUUCCAGAAUCAGUAUAUCCAUAUGUUACAUCUCUACUGCUGCACCCAGGACGACGCUGCUGUCUACCAGGUCUCCGCCAAGAACGGGCAGGGCAUGAUCUGCUGCUCUGCCUCCCUCGAAGUCGAGCGCCCGACCACCCUGCCGGGCCCUGGGGCCCCAGAGACCAGGCCCGUGGACUGCGAGAAGGCCCCUCCUAACGCGGCCCAAGCCAGGACCUCCUGGGCCGCCCCCGGGUCAGCUGACACCCCCUCCUCCCAGAGCCAUGGCUUAGCCUGGGGCCAGUCUCGGGCCAACGGUGACCUCAGUGCAUCCAGUACUGACCAUCUCUGCAGCGCGGAGGCCACCGGGCAGACGGAGGAGGUGGUCCACGGGCAGCUCCGGCCAGAGUCCAGUCCUGCCUCUGCGGCCCAAGAUGGGCAUCGCCCCCCGGGCUCUGCACCUCGCCCCAUCUCCGGGGUCAAGGAGGAUGCCUUGAGCCACACCGGCCCCAGCCAUGCCGCCUUCAACGCUGCUCCCCCAAACCCCCGAGCCGAGAAGUACAUUAGCUUCAGCCUUCCUCUGCCGCCAGCAGCAGCUGGCUCGGGGACCCCGGGCCAGCCGGCAGCCUGCCCCGUGCACCCCGGCCCUCGGCUCUCCAGCGAGGACUCCGACAGCGACUAUGAACUUUGCCCGGAGAUAACCUUCACCUACACGGAGGAGUUUUCAGAUGAUGACCUGGAGUAUCUGGAAUGUUCCGAUGUGAUGACGGAUUACUCUAAUGCCAUUUGGCAACGGAGUCUGCAAGGGGCCGAGCGGGUUUUUUUAUUAGAAAGCGAUGACGAAGAGCCGGAAUUCGGCGAGCGGGGCCUGGAGGGAUGCGAGCCGCUGGACAGUGACACGGGCUGUGGACCGGGGGUGUCGGGUGACACGGCGCCUAUGGAUCCCACCCCAGACGACGUCUGUGGUCAUCACUCACAGCCCCGAGAAGUGGGGGUGAGGAGUCACCCGGGCUCCCCCCACCGUCCCUCAUCCCCCAUGACCCUGGCUCGGGGACCUCAGCAGGCUGGAAUGUCCACGGUAGCGGACCAGCGGGGCUAUAAACGCCCCGCGGCGUCCGGGGCCGCGGGAAAUGAUUAUCCAGGAAUCCCGGGAGAAACCAGAGCCGGAGAGGAAUUCGGCAGUGACAAGCUGCUGAACAUGGAGGAAGCAGGAGCGGGGACCGAGUCCCGUGAGCCGGAGGCAACAGCGGGGAGAGACCGGGGUGUGGAACCCGAAACCAAGGGGAGAGCCGGGGAGAAGGGACCGUUGGGAAAGAGGAGCUCCGAGAAGCCUUCCCGGGGGAAGCGACCGGGAACGAAGGGCAAAGUGAAGAAGCUCAAAGGAAGUAUCCCCAGAGCCCCGCCCGACCAGCUGCUGGGGCCCCCAGAGCCAGCUAAGCGGCCGCCCCUGGCCCCGGCUGGCAGCGGCGAGGGGCCCCGUGCCCCGGCAGAAGCCGCCCUUCCCGAUGCUGAGGCUGCCGGAGAAGGCGUUUCUCGGUCCCCUGUGCAGCCAGAGGCCCCCCCGCUGCAGACCCAGCAGUGCUCCCUGCCCCAGGACGCCGGUGUGGAGGGCAGAGGGCAGGCUGGCUCUGAGCACCUGCCGGAAACAAGCCCAGCUCUGGACAGGAAUGAUCGCCCACAGGCGGAGACCCAGGCUCCACGCGGGGAGACGGACUCCCGGGGCCCUGCGGGGGAGCAGGAGGAAUCCGAGGGGCACGCCAAGACCCAGACAGGUUCUGUCCCCAGCGGACAAGGGCCCAGCAGGGAGCACAUGCCAGGAGCCCCGCUCCCGGGGGCCGAGGGCUGCGCUGGGGACGGGAGGCUGGGAGAGAACCCCGACGGCGGACACCCGACGCCUGCUGCAGCCGGCACCGACCCGGGUCCCGCCCCGAGUGUCCCCGAGGCCAGUGAUGGGCCCACGGUCAUGGCUGCGGCUGUCCACCUAGAGGGCCGUAGGGAGCUGGGGGAGCCCCGUGUGGAAGCCCCAGGACCCCCUGCGUCCCCAGACACUGCCCCUGCCCUGGACACGGCUCAUCCUGGGCCUGCAGGCGGAGAAGCAGCGUGUCCAGAAGGGCAUUUCAGGACAGACGGCCAGGGCGUGGGCCAGAGCCCAGACUCCCCCACUGGAGACCCCGUGGGUGGGCGGUUGCCCCCGGAAGUGUCCCCUCUGGAUCUGGAGCUGGCGGAGAGAGAAGACCAAGUGCUCGAAGACUUCGACCCCAGCGCUGAGGGACUGGAUGUCCCUCCCCGAGACGGCCAGGGUAUAGACGAGAGCCCAGACUCCCCCACUGGAGACCCCACGGGUGGACAUUUGCCCCUGGAAGUGUCCCCUCUGGACCUGGAGCUGGUCGAGGGAGAAGACCAAGUGCUCGAAGCCUUCGACCCCAGCGCUGAGGGACUGGAUGUCCCUCCCCGAGAUGGCCAGGGCAUAGACGAGAGCCCAGACUCCCCCACUGGAGACCAAGUGGAUGGACAUUUGCCUCUGGAAGUGUCCCCUCUGGACCUGGAGCUGGUCAAGGGAGAAGACCAAGUGCUCGAAGCCUUCGACCCCAGUGCUGAGGGACUGGAUGUCCCUCCCCGAGAUGGCCAGGGCAUAGACGAGAGCCCAGACUCCCCCACUGGAGACCAAGUGGAUGGACAUUUGCCUCUGGAAGUGUCCCCUCUGGACCUGGAGCUGGCCGAGGAAGAAGACCAAGUGCCUGAAGCCUUUGACCCCAGCGCUGAGGGACUGGAUGUCCCUCCCCGAGAUGGCCAGGGCAUAGGCCAGAGCCCAAACUCCCCCAGUGGAGACCCCACGGAUGGACAAUUGCCUCUGGAAGUGUCCCCUCUGGAUCUGGAGCAGGUCGAGGGAGAAGACCAGAUGCCUGAAGCCUUUGGCCCCAGUGCUGAGGCGCUGGGUGUCCCUCCCCAAGAUGGCCAGGGCAUAGACGAGAGCCCAGACUACUCCCCCACUGGAGACCCCAUGGAUGGACAAUUGCUCCCGGAAGCGUCCCCUCUGGACCUGGAGCUGGCCGAGGGAGAAGACCAGGUGCCCGAAGCCUUCGACCCCAGCGCCGAGGGGCCGGGUGUCCCAUCCCGAGCAUCAGCUGCAGCACCGACACCCACCAGCCCCCAGAGCGGCCAGGACCCCCGUGAGGACGUGCGCCCCAUUUCUCCGGGCCCUGCCUGCAGCCUGGGCUCCCCGCUGGCCCAGGAGGACUCCCCAGGGGAGACUGUUCCCCGGGGGCCAAGCCGCAGCGUCUCGGCGGGGCUGGGGGGAGGGUGUCCUCAGGCUCCCGAGGACAGCUCUCCCUCGGGAGAGUGCCUUGGGGCUCCCCCUGAGAGCCCGGGGGAGACAUGUCCCCAGGAAACCCUGGCACCACCUAGGACCUCUCUGGACGGCCUGCAGGUGGCGGGGGACACAUUGGUCACGGUCACUCCCGGCUGUGGCCGGGCUGACAGCCCGGAGGGGUGCUCCCCUCAGGCCCCGGGGGAGGACAGCCCCCGACUGCCUCCCGCUCCCGCUCUAGACGUUCUCCCCGCCGAACCCCCGGAAGAAGGGUCCUGCCUGGUUCCCGCAGGGCCAGACAUCCCCGUGCUUGUCACGGGGUCCCCAGAGGGCACGGGGUCCGGGAGUGACUCCCCUCUUGAGGUUGGCCAUGAGCUCCAGGCAGAGGGCGGAGUGGACAGCGGGGGCCUCCGGGGGCAUCCCCCGGAGCAAGGAGGGGCAGUGGCACCAAGCGAGCCCGUGGGGGGCACGGGGACCCCUCCUCCUCCUCCUGGCGACGACGUCCAAGCAGAGCCGCCCCCAAUGGCCCCUGAAGGGGCCGCUGCUCCCCAGCACUGCCCGGCCCCACCCGAGCCUGCGGUGCCCCUCAGCCCGCUCGCCUCCCUCUCUCAGGCCCUGCUGGGGGCGUGGGAAGGGGGUGCCGCGGGGCCAUGGGGCGCAGGCAGGAAGCUGAAGAUCAUAACACUCGAGGCCCCCCUUCCCGAUGGCCGGACACUGGGGCUGCCGGACGCCGACUUCGGGGCAUCGGGAAAGGACCCCUCAAUCGCUGACAGGGUCCCUGCGCACACAGCCAGGGGGGUCUCAAUCCCCCUGGGGGCCCCCGGGGACCCGGGUGCUCAGAGUCCUGUGUCCGGGGUGGUCCCUAUCCCGGCCAGCGCCACCCCUGGGAGCCAGCAGCCCCCCCUGCAGCCUGUGAGCCCCGAGGGGCUCCUGGAGUCGUCCGUGGACCCCACGGAUGAAGGUGAAUUCUGUGGCACCAGGGGGCUCCCCGAAGCCCCCCACACCGGAGAGAAGGUGGACGGGGGCCUCGGGGGUGCAGAGCCAGAGAGCCCCAGAAGCCCUGGGUCCGGCCCCGGGUUCCUGCAGCGGCUGCUGACCCGGGCCGGCCUCCUCAAGUCCUCUGUGGACCCCCUGGAGGAGACCCUGGAAGCUCCCAGAUGCAGGGUGGGGGAGCACGAGGGGGCGGAGGCCGUUUCCGGAGUCAGCCGAGAAGACAGCCCGCGCAGGGAGAAAGCUCCGGGGCCCCCUAGACAGCACCCCCUUUUGCAAGCCCCAGUCCCCCACGAAGGGGAAGAAGUGGCCCCCCAAGGAAACCAAAGUCCAGCCGGCCGUGAGAUGGGAGCGGACAGGCACCACGUCCAGGACCAAGGCCCCGGGGCGCAGGCUAGAGCCCCCCAGCCUGUGUCUUCUGGCCCCGCAGGAAGAGGGGCUCUCAAGAACAAGCGGGGGGCCGACGGGCCCUUCCCGGGUGUCCUUGCUCCGUCUACCCCCAUCCCAGACGGCCCGCCGAGCCUCCCGCCCCAGGACCCUGCCUCAGGGGGCGCCCUGGUCGGGGGAAGCCCAGCGGCCUGUGCCUCCCUGUCGCCCCCCAGCCCCGUGGGUGCUCAAGCGCCCGCGACACGGAGGGCCCGGGACCCCACCCUGGGCGGCAGGACCAGGACGAGGGACGCUGGGGAGCCCAGCCACGCUCCCCCGGGGCCAGAGGUGGUGAGGAAGAAGAGGCCCGAGCCCCCGGGCAGCGGGCACCUCGCCGAGGGCGUCAAGAAGAAGAUUCUGUCCCGGGUGGCAGCCGUGCGGCUGCGGCUGGAGGAGAAGGAGAAUGACGCCCGGAGGGGCUCGGCCCCACCCCGCAAGGGCCCCGCGCUGGACAGGAAGGAGCCCAGGAAGCCGGCCGGCAGGCGGGCAGGGAAAGCCCCGGUAUUGCUGAGGAAGAUCCAGGCCGAGCUGCUGCCAGACCACCCCGGGAACCUGCAACUAAGUUGCCAGUUUGCAGAAAUCCACGAAGACUCCACCAUCCGGUGGACAAAGGACUCAGAGUCAAUAGCCCAGGUGCAGAGAAGCGCAGGGGACAAUUCCACGGUGUCCUUGGCCAUCGUGCAAGCCAGUCAGAAGGACCAGGGCCUCUAUUACUGCUGCCUCAACAACAGUUUCGGGAAAGCGACGGCAGAAUUUCACCUCACCGCGCAAGUCCUGCAAGAGCUCUCCAGCUGCCCGGAUGUUAAAAGGUGCGAGGAGAUCGAGUUCAGCCAGCUCCUCUUCCGAGAGGACUUCCUGCGCGACAGCUACUUCGGGGCGCAGGUGCGCGGCCGCAUCGCCACGGAGGCGCGGCACUUCGGCGAGGGCGUGCACCGCAAGGCCUUCCGCAGCCGCGUCCUGCACGGCCUCCCGCCCGUCUUCCAGCCCGGCCACGCGUGCGUGCUCAAGGUGCACAACGCCGUGGCCUACGGGACCAGAAGCAACGACGAGCUGGUGCAGCGCAACUACAAACUCGCCGCCCAGGAAUGCUAUGUCCAGAAUACUGCCAGGCACUACGCCCAGAUCUACGCGGCGGAAGCACAGCCUCUGGAAGGCUUCGGGGAAGUGCCAGAGAUCAUUCCUAUUUUUCUUAUCCACCGACCUGAGAACAACAUCCCCUAUGCGACCGUGGAGGAGGAGCUGAUCGGGGAAUUUGUCAAGUAUUCCAUGAGGGAUGGGAAGGAAAUCAACUUCUCGAGAAGAGACUCGGAAGCUGGUCAGAAAUGCUGCACCUUCCAGCACUGGGUCUACCAGAAGACGGGCGGCUGCCUGCUGGUCACGGACAUGCAGGGGGUCGGGAUGAAGCUGACCGACGUGGGCAUCGCGACGCUGGCCAAAGGGUACAAGGGGUUCAAAGGCAACUGUUCCAUGUCCUUCAUCGACCAGUUCAAGGCGCUGCACCAGUGCAACAAGUACUGCAAGAUGCUGGGGCUGAAGUCCCUGCAGAGCCACAGCCAGAAGCAGAAGAAGCCCAGCUGCGGUGUGGGGAAGGUGGAGGCCGCCUCCAGGAAGCCCGCCCCGGGCAGCCCCGCUGAGAAGCAACCCUGAGGGCCCGGGGCGCAGCGCCCCCUGCCGGCCACACUGCGCAGGCGCUUGGGCCCACCUGUGCUCCCCAGCGGUGGUCCUGGCUCCGCGCCUGUCCCCUCGAUCUGCACCCCCGGGGCGUGGGGCAGGCCCUGCCGCCAGACUCCAGGAGGCGCCCCCCACUUGGCCUUCGCCCAACCGCCCCCCGUUCCCGCGCGCGCCCCGUUAGCGCCUGGCCCCGCGAUGGGAUGUGGGCGCCUGCCGAGCAGAGCUGCCCCCACCCGCCCUCCCCACCCCUGCUCCUCUCCCGAGGUUUCUAGACUCGUCCUGCCGCCUAUGGAACCACGAGACCCGAACUCCUUCCUGCGGUCAAGGCCGCUGCCGGUGUGUGGAACACAGGCCGCCUGGCCGGCUCCCCCUCAUCCUCACUUCCCGCUUCA